AUGAGAUCGUAAUUAAUCAAUGAAAAUAAUCAAUUAAUAGAAUAGUUUAAGUCUUCCUUGAUUGAUCCAAAAAGGGAAAGAAAAGAAUUGAAGUAAAAGUUUAAAAUUUUCCUGAUGGUGGAAGGUAUGAAGGAGAAAUAGAAAAUGAAGUGAGGAAGGGAUAUGGAAUAUUCUAUUUUGCGUUUGGGUAUGAUAGAAAUACAAUAUUUGUAUGAAUAUGUAUUGUGGGCAAUGGAAUGAUCAUUCAUAUUAUGAAGAUAAUUUGAGUUAUAAAAAAGAUUAGGUAAUUGGGAUUAAAAUAGAAUGAAUGGAAAAGGAUUAUAUGUAUCUCCUGAUGGAGUAUAAGCAGAAGGAAUAUUCGAUUAUGAUAAUUAUG